AUGAAUUAAGUUGAUAAUUUACUCAAACUAUCCUUGAGUACUAAGAAAUCUUAACUUUUAGAUAAUAACUUAAAUCAAGACUUUUUUAAUUAAUGGGAAUAGAAAUUAUUGUAAAAAGAAACACAAGUACCUUAUAUCAUAAUACUAUAGUAUAGUUAAUAUAAAAAGAAAAGUAAUUGAAAGAAAAAGAGAAUUAAUUAUCAUAAAAGGAAAACUUAUUAGUUAAAAAGGAAUUAGAUUUAAACAAGAGAAUGAUGAAAUAUUCAACUAUUUUAGAGUAGAUUAUUGAAUAGAAAUAAACAAAAUCAGAUACUUAAUUAUUACCAUUAAAUUCUAAUAAUACAUCUCAUAGAAAUAAAAACAUUAAUGAAUACUAAAACAGAGUGAUUAAUUUAUUAAAUACUAUAAGAAGUAAUAGUUAAUAGUAAUAAUAAUUGAUUAAUUAACAAUCUUAUAUGGGAAGUACUUUAGAAAUAACUGAAGAUAGAUUUAAUAAGAGUUCAAGAGGAUUAUAAUUACAUUGA